UAUCUACUCACCAGAUUCAAAAGAAUGGGAGUUUCUAGCUCGAUCAACUCCGAUGCUGUCAGAGAUUGACCGUAGACCGGCAACUCUCAUAGGGGGUAUUUUGUACUGGCCAACGAAGUCUAGAUAUAUCAUUGAGCUUGACCAUGCAAAGAAGGCUCUGAAAUAUAUUCAGUGCCCUCAUGAGACGCAUGAUAUAUUCAUGCUUAACAUUCACAUCUUCAAGGGACAUAAUGGAGAUGUUGCCCUUGCUGUUAUAAGAGACUUCACCCUACAAACAUGGGCCAGUACAAGAUCAUCAACAGGCGAUCACGAGUCAUGGACAUGUCAUAUAAAUUUUGAAUUGGAUACUUUUUUUGGCCUUGACACAUCAUUUCCAUACAAUUGGAAACAUGCAGUAAGGUUACUCUGCGUAUUUGAGGACAAAAAUGAGCUGGUUGUACGGGCAAAGGAGGGAGUAUUCCAAUUAGAUAUGAGCAACUGGCAGUGGAGAAAGUACAAUUCUGCUAGACGUUGGUGCACUUUACAUCCCUACUCAGUUAGACCGGUAACCGACCUGAUCCAGAGUGCAACAUCAAGGACACGAAAAAGAACGCGCUGUCAGGAACCCAUCUAAUUCAAAGUUCAACAUCCAUAAGAGAAAAGGAAGUCGCAUAUGAAGGAGCAAGGC